GCUUCCUGUAAGCGUAUAUCACUGCACCACCACUCGACUUUUGUCAGACGACCGAAAGACAAGUUUUAGUUGACUAUUUUCAUAACGGCGAACAUGUUUCUGAUGAAGCUUUGUGCUCCGCAGAGUCUGUUUUCAUGGUGCAGGUGUGUUUGUCCUGUGUUCACCCGGAUAAAAUGCCAGUCAGUGUUACCACUCCGUGCACAGAAAGCGCGGUUCGGCCAGGCUUCACUGUUCCAUACUCAAAUUCCUCAGCUCAACUCCAACAGGACGUCAGUUAUUCGCUGUGGUCGGCAGAGAUAUGAGAGACUGUACCCUAUGAUGCUGGUCCGGUCUGAUGGAUCUACAGUCAACAUCAGAUACAAAGAACCCAGACGCAUCCUCAUGAUGCCAGUCAAUCUGUCCACUCUGUCUGAAGAGGAGCGUCGAGCUCGACAGAAAAAGAGAGAAGUCAAGAAGAUGAAAAAACAGAUGGCAGUCCACUAUGAAGACGACUUUGAAGUUGACAAAUACAGCCACUUUUGGAAAAAGAAAUAAAUUAUCUUCAUGUGAAUGUAAAGUACGACUGAGGAAACAUCCAUAAAAAUCAGACUCUCACUUGAAACUUCCAUUUGUCCAUGUAGAGUAUGUUUAAAUUGGGUCGUUUUCAUUCUAAAGAAAGUGACUCCUCCAAAAAUUUCAAACAGAAUGCUGAAACCCAGACCAGUGACAUUUUUAUGGCAUUAGUCUGGGUUUCAGACUAAUGUCAUAAAGUCUGAAGACCCUGUGUAGCAAGGGGAACUCUGCUGAGUUUUGCUUUGACUCUUGGGUUACUUUCUAAGAAGUCUAUAUAACCUAUAAAUGCUGGAAACCAUAACAAUGUUAAUAAAUUGUUUUAAAGCUG